UGGAAGAUGACAGACAACUGCUCAACCUUUUUCGUCUUCAAAAUUAGUCGAGGCAUAAAAAACUCUAUUUUCAUCUGCACCGUUCCAUCGUUGCGAAGAAUGGGAUGUGCCGGAUCCUCGCAGACAAGGGCAAAAGGAGGUGUUAACCGGAUAAAGAAACCGAGGUCGUGGAAACAUCCACAGCCGAUCCCCAUAAGUCAGCUGAUACAGCUGAGAGACGAGUUCUGGGAUACUGCACCUCACUAUGGUGGUAGGAAAGAAAUCUGGGAUGCACUCAGAGCAGCAGCGGAGGCUGAUCCAAAGCUUGCUCAGGCGAUUGUGAAGAGCGCCGGAAUCAUAAUGCAGAAUCCUGAUAUGACAGUGUGUUUCGACGAAAGAGGUGCAAGAUAUGAAUUACCUAAGUACGUUUUGAGCGAGCCCAAGAACCUGAUUCGAAAUUCUUGAUAAGAGAAGGAAAGCUCACCAUGGUUGAUGUUGAACUUGGCCUAUCUGCUCAGCUGAAAACAGCCACCCACUUCGUCAACCCCAGAAAUAUCUGACUGUAAUCGUUGGAACAAGAUUCUGCACAUUUGCCAUGAGAAAUAGGGUGUAUAGCAUGUUGUUUGGUUUCUAAAGUUAUCCAACGACAGCUUUGACAAUUACUAUAUGUUUCUUAUUUCACUAUACAAAAUGCAAUGAUAUCAUAGGAAGGAGCAGUGAUUUGAUCGUAA